GUCAGUCAGGAUUUUAUGUCAAUUGUGUUAAUCAGAUUUUCUGAAAUAAAUAAACAAUCUGUGUAAACAAUACUAAAGUUAUAAUAGGACUAGCAAAACUACACCAUGGCUACUGAAACCUUACAGUUAGAAAAAUAUAAAAGAUUCUUACUUAAUAGAUCAACAACUUCUUCAGCUAUGAUUGAGACCAUUGAAAAUUGUUUAGCUACUGAAGAUAAACCUGCUAAACAAUUAUUUCAUAAAAUAAUGAUACACAAUUGGCAGGAUACAUUGCCACAACUUUUUGACAGGCUAUCUGCAUUUUUUGGUGCAGUCAUAAUCCCAGUCAACUCCUCAAUGCAGGGUGAAAUUGCAACCUUCUACACAUCAAACUUGAAUUUUAUUUUACGAUUAAUUAAACAGGACUUUUUGUUCCCCUACUGUAGGAGUAUGUUUAAUGUAGAUGUUUUGUUCAAUUAUAAAAAUGCUGUAGAUUAUUUUGGUACAACAACAACUUUAGAAGACAUUAUCAGUGGAGUUGUCAGUCGUAGAUUCAGAGAGGACGGUGAAUUGGACUUAUCUAAUUUCUGUGAAGAUCCAGAAUUUGUAAAGAAGAAAAUUACCUUUUACAAAAUAACACUUUUAGCACAGUUCAAAAUACUUAUGAUAAGGAUGGGAAGAGACACAAAAUCAUUGAAUUUAAGCCACAAUAAUUUAAGCCAAGUACCAUUUGAGGUACUAAACUUUUUUAUUAAGGCAGAUUUAACAACUGUCAAUCUAAGCUACAAUAAUAUACCAUCAAUUACAGAAAUAUUAAGAGUUAGUAGUAAAAUUGAGAAGCUGUAUUUAGAAGGCAAUCCACUCUGUGAGAACUUAGAUGCAAUUACUUAUGUUAAGACUGUGACAAUGAAAUUCCCUAGAUUGAUUGAGCUAGAUGGUAUAAAAUUAAACCAACAUGGUGUGGUAUCAUUUCCUUUCUUCAGGAAUUAUUUGGUGUCCACAGACAGUAAAACAAAGUCAGUUGUGGAGAAAUUUGUGACUUUAUAUUUUGCGAAUUAUGAUCAGCCGCCUAAAAUGCGGAGGAAUAAAAUUGUAACGCUUUAUGACGAUAAAGCUACUUUGACUAUUAGUUGCGACUUUUUAGAAUCAGAUACAUCAGUCCUAUCUUAUACGAAAGCAGCCCGAAACUUUUUGACUAACCAGAGCAGUAACAUGCACAAAACGUACAAAUCUAGUCAAAUAAUAGCAAACGUUUUAUCAAGUUUCCCUGAAUCUGACCACGAUCUGAGUACAUUUACCGUUGAUGUACUUAUACAUGAUCAAAAUACACUUUACAUAAUAAUUGACGGGUUGUUCAGGGAGAGAAAUGCAGAACUAUACUUCCAAUUUCGACGGACGUUUGUUUUCAGCAUAUACACAAUACGAGAUAACUCUGUGUAUCAAAUAAAGUAUGAAAUGUUUAACUUGAGACAUGCCACCACAGAACAGAUUGAACGUAAUUUCAAGCAUCCUGUAAGAAACAUGAAUGCACUAACUCUGAUGAAUCCAUCAUCUUUCGAAGUUGAAACAUUACUGUCAGCAUUUCAACAUUUGACAAAUCUCAGAAGACCAGAAGCUGAAAUGCGUCUCAAAUUCAGCAGUUGGGAUAUCAGGGAUGCAAUAAAGUUAUUUUUAAUGGAUACACGAAAUCACAAAUUAUCCGCCGACGUAUUUUUGGACAUAGAUUCAGAUAUUUCAUCAUUGGAUGGUCUUGACUAAAGCAAUGAGUUAUUAAAUAUUAUUUUAAUAGUUGACAAAUAAAUCUUAUUUAGUAUGUUA